ACACCACGCGCACUUGACCACAUCAACACUCACCACUCUCUCUUCUUCACAUUUUUCAUCACUCUUCUCUUCCUCUUCCUCAAACAUCUUUUCUUUCUUUCUGUUUCUCUUUUCUUUUUUUCUCACUUAGGGUUUCAAAUUCACCCAUUUCUUCAAAUUUCAUCAACACCAACCCCUUCUCCUUUAUCUCCAAUUCGAUUUUCUCACCUUAUCCCCCUCGAUUCCAACUCUUUAACCGAUCGGUUGAUAUAUUAAUUUCAGUUUGAUUGGUGUUUGCGAGGGUUGAAAUCGAUGGUGGAUUUUUCUUGGGAGUGUUUUCAGUUACUGGGAAGUACUCUGAAGGUUAAGUUUUGAGCCCUUUUAGUGAUUGAUUUGGGAUUUUUUGUUGUUGUUCUGAUUUUGAUAUUUGAGGGGAGUGAGUUGAUUGUAGAAGUAGGGUAUGGAGAAUGGUUACGAUGAAAAAUUGGCCGGGAAAUUUUCAGGAUUGGAUAUUAACCAGAACGGUCAACAUGUGCGUGAUCAACCUGGUUAUUCAUCUGAUAACAGCAACAACGAUAACUUGUUUCAGGUUAUGAAGGCCGUUGAAGCUGCCGAAGCCACCAUUAAGCAACAGGUAGAUGAGAACAACCAGCUUAGGUCCGAGCUUCUGAGUAAAAUUCAGGAACUGGAAAACUAUCGGUUAUAUGGAUCAUUGGAGAAAAAAUCACACCCAGUUGCUGCAUGGAAGGAGCCGGGUCAUGGAUCUUAUGAAGCCCGUCUAUCAUUUCCAUCUUCAGGUAACCAUUUUGAGAACAGUCAAAUAAAUGGAACACCAAAAAUGCCAAAUUAUCAGCUGCCCGUGGAUAAUGUUGGCCACUCUCAGCUGUCUUCACCAUUUACGAGGUCGAUCUCUCCAAGCAGGCAUCUACCAGAAGGAGAUAACGAUUCUCGACUCAGUUCACCCCGGCAAGGCUUGAUGCCAAUGCCUGAAACAAAUAAUUCGAAUUCUUUGCUGAAGCAGGAUCUGACCAUUAAGGUCCGGGAACACGAAGAAGAGAUCAUUCUAUUAAGGAAACAUCUAGCAGAUUAUUCUGCUAAGGAAGCACAAAUACGCAAUGAAAAAUAUGUCUUGGAAAAGCGCAUAGCAUAUAUGCGUCUGGCCUUUGAUCAACAGCAACAAGACCUUGUAGAUGCCGCAUCAAAGGCUUUAUCAUACCGACAAGACAUAAUUGAAGAAAAUAUACGUCUUACCUAUGCAUUGCAGGAUGCACAGCAAGAAAGGUCAACAUUUGUUUCAUCGUUGCUGCCUCUUCUUGCAGAAUACUCCUUGCAGCCACCUGUUCCUGAUGCCCAGUCAAUUGUUAGCAAUGUCAAGGUUUUGUUUAAACAUUUGCAGGAAAAACUUUUUCGCACUGAGUCAAAGCUAAAGGAGUCACAGUAUCAACUGACACCUUGGCGUUCAGAUAUGAACCAUGCAAGUGUUGCUACACAAUCACCAUUGAACUCCAUUGGUGCACCUUUGGAAACUUCAAAUAAAAAUAGCCUUGAGCUGGUACCUCAGCAUAGGUACUCUCAAGUUAUGACUCAGGCCCCCGUUGAUGCUCAGACAGGCACUGGUUGGGAUGCAAUGAAUCGCUACCAAAGCGGCAUGGGUGGUGGGCUGGCAGCAAAUGUUGAUGCUGAUGACUUGGGGAGAUAUUCACCUAUUGGAAGCAGGAAUUCUUCAGCCCAUGAUGUACCCAACCACCAGGUAGUUACUCAGGGUGAUAGUCAGAAUGAGUACUAUGGAGAGUUGUCUAACAAACAAGUCACAUUUCGUGAACCUGUCAGCAACAAUGAAGUGGAAGAUCUGGAGGGUGAUGGGGACCAUAGUGAGAGAGAGGCACCUGCUAACUGGAGCUCAGGCAACCCUUCUUAUACAACCUCUGUUGAUGAUCCCGGCUCAUCAUAUUCUCCUUAUCUACCGCCAGUUCUUGAAGAACCUUCUUCUUCAUUUUCCGAAGCGGCGGAUGACGAUCCAUUACCAGCUAUAGAGGGCCUUCAAAUUUCAGGAGAAGCCUUUCCAGGAAGGGAACUUCAGGCAUGCGGAUACUCCAUCCAUGGCACCACUAGUUGUAAUUUUGAGUGGAUUCGGCAUCUCGAAGAUGGUUCUUUUAAUUAUAUUGAAGGGGCAAAGCAACCCAACUAUCUUAUCAGUGCUGAUGAUGUUGAUACAUCACUUGCCAUUGAAGUUCAGCCUCUAGAUAACAGGAAGCGAAAGGGAGAACCUGUGCAAGUUUUUGCAAAUGAUAACAAGAAGAUCACUUGCGAUCAUGAAAUGCAGAGCCACAUAGAGAAGAGUUUUUAUAGCGGACAUGCUUCAUAUAAAGUUUCCCUUUCGACUGGAUAUCUUGAUAUAUGGGAACCAGCCACAUUGGUAGUUAAGAAGGAAGGUUACAGUAUCAAAUGCAGCGGACCAAAUGGAGUUGUAAUCACAGAAAAGUUUUCUCCAUCGACAACCGUUGUAAUUCCAUAUGGUCAUAUUUCAGAAUUUAUUAUAAUUGGCUCCACUGGUGCGGAACAUCUGUUAAGAGCAGAGAACAACUCAACAGAUGUCAGUGCUGCUAGAGACACCAUUGUGCUCACAUUGAGAUUAUUUAUCCGAAGGGCAGGGGACAGAAAGAGGGGGAGGAGGAAGGGAUUGUUCUUUAACAAGUAAGGGAAAAUCGGUUCUACUUGGCAGAAAAUCUCUGCUGCAAGUGAAAUGUGUUGAUCAUAGAUGGGGCUGGGAGCUGUGUUUUGUGUGCUACAUAAAUUUUUGCUAGUUUCUUAUUUUAUCAUAGGGCAGAAUUAGCUUGAGCUGUAACUGUGAUUCUAUAUGCCAUCAUUUCUUUUAAAUUUUUUUAUAUUCUUUUUAGCCAUUUUCCGUGUUGUGCUACUUAACCUGGAAAUUACCUGCUUAUUGGUUUGGGUCAAAACCCCAUCCAAUCUGUGAAGAACCGACUCAGGUAAUAACUACUCUUUUUAGUACAGAUUGUCUGUCUCAGGCAAGUUUUGAAUGUGCGAAUCAUGUUGCUAUAACAUUCAAAAUAUUGUUUUUGAAUAACAAGUAAUGAGUAAUUAUUUAUAUGGUCAAAUGUUAGUGGUUUGGUGGAAA